UCCCAGAUUUUGAACCCGAAGAAAUAUUACAAAAAAAAUUUGUUUACAGAUUUAACCAUUUUAAUAAUUCCCACAUAUAGUGAAGGGUCUUUUGAGGAGGCUGCAUUUUUUAAAUGGAUUAAAGAUUUGCGCUAUGAUUUUCGGGUUCCACGUUCCAUUUUAAGCAAUUUUAAUUUUGCGAUGUUUGGAUUAGGAAACUCUGAAUAUGGCGAAGAAUAUUAUAAUAAGGCCGCUAUUGAACUUUUUAAGAUACUCGAGUCUUUAUCAGCUUUACCUCAACUUCCCCUCUUCUUAGGAGAUCACAACAUGGCUAAAAGCGCUCACGGGAAUAUUGAAAAGGACUUUCAAGCGUUCAGUGAACGCCUUGAACUUUCUAUUAAGGAGUUUUUUACUAGUAAACACCACAAUUCCUAUACGAGAGGCGCUGUCUUGGAAAGUAGUGAGGACGAAUGUGAUAGUUUGGACAAUAUUGAUGUCGAGGACCUCGAAGUAAUUGCGAAUGAACUGGAAACUUUAAAAAAGGAAAAAAAAUAUGAAAGAAUAUCUAAUAAGAAAAGUAAGAAGGUUGUUUUAUCUCUUGAAGAAGAUAAAGAGAACGUCAAAAUAUCAUAUGAUGAUUUGACUGAGCGCAAAGACAGCGAUGGUUUGAAGGAAAUGCUCACCCCGUUGCUGCGAAAAGCUUUGACUAAACAAGGCUAUGAGCUCAUUGGCUCGCAUUCUGGCGUCAAGCUCUGCCGUUGGACCAAGGCUAUGUUACGAGGCCGCGGUGGGUGUUAUAAGCACACUUUUUACGGCAUUGCAUCGCAUCUCUGCAUGGAGAUGACCCCCAACUUGGCUUGUGCUAACAAGUGCAUCUUCUGCUGGAGACAUCACUCUAACCCCGUGGGGACCGCGUGGAACUGGAAAAUGGAGGAUCCCGAGUUCAUUGUCACCGAGGCUAUAAAGAAACAUAGAAAGAUGAUAAACGCAGCCAAAGGGAUCCCCGGCGUUCUAGAAGCACGCUUUAUUGAGGGAAUGAACCCAAGACACGUGGCUCUUUCUCUGGUGGGGGAGCCCAUUAUGUACCCGGAGAUCAACAAGUUUGUUAAUUUGCUUCAUGAAAGAGAUAUGUCUACCUUUCUUGUAACUAACGCACAGUUUCCAGAGGCGAUUGCUAGUCUUGCUCCCGUUACACAGUUAUAUGUGUCUGUGGAUGCAGCUACCGAAAAAACACUCAAAGAAAUAGACCGGCCUUUAUUUAGAGACUUCUGGCCGCGCUUCUUGGAAAGUUUGGAAGCUUUAAGCAAAAAAGGACAAAGAACGGUGUAUAGACUAACUUUAGUAAACGAGUGGAAUAAUGAGGAGAUCGAAAACUACGCUGAGCUUAUCGGUAGAGGUCUCCCUGACUUUAUUGAAGUAAAGGGGGUUACCUAUAGUGGAGUCGCAAAGGACAGCAAGUUAACAAUGAAAAACGUUCCGUGGCAUGAGGAAGUAUGCGCGUUUGUCAGAAAUCUAGUCAACCUCCUUAAAGGCUAUGAGAUUGCUUGCGAGCACGAGCACUCCAACUGUCUACUUAUUGCCAGAUCCACUUUCAAAGUUGACGGCAAAUGGCACACGUGGAUUGACUAUGAAAAGUUCUCUACUCUUUGGAAGCAAUGGAAGGCCACCGGAGCCACCUUUAACGCUUUGGAGUACUGCGCACCCACACCACCGUGGUGCUUGUACGGUUCUUUACAACAAGGCUUUGAUCCUACGGAAGUACGGUUUAAGAGAAACCCUAAGAAUAAAGGAAAAAAUAUUACUGGCCAAGUCUUGCCUGCUUUCUAUUCGCAUCUUAUGAACGAAAGUGAGCUUGACUUGUGCUGAAAAAAAUUAAUCUUGUUGACUCCAUGCCCCUCUCCCUCCAAGAGCAAAUAUUAUAGAAGUUAUAGUUAAGGCCCUUAACCGAUAGUUGAAGGCUAAGCGAACUAGCUGACGAAGGAGAGGUAUUUUCCGUAUUUGCAAUUGAUAAUUUCAGGGGAUCUUGAAGUAAAAGUUAUAGCAGAGAUAGUACUUUUGAUUAUUUUGCAGAAAGCGAGAACAGCGAUUACAUUUGUGAAAGCAAGCGAGGCUGUAAGUGGUGUAUUAUCUAGUGAAGGAGGGGCUUGCAUGGUGUCCAUAGUCAAGUAGAAUGCAUUACCUUUAAACCUGUUGUUACUUUUUUAAAUAUGUGUCAGUAACUAAAUUAAAUA